ACUGACAGUUAUCAGGGCUCUGGUUCUCAGAGACCCUGCAGUGAGAGUUGUUCCAGACUCUGUAGACGGUUCAACACUCGUGCCCGACACCUCUGGCCGUUUUCAAGAAGAUCCCGUCAGAGCUCCGCACAGGAGAAUGGACCGGAGCCGACAGAUGGGGUCCUCAACUCCAUGCCCCUGCAGGAGGCACGGAUACCGGAUAUAUCCACAAGUAUGCAGCAUGACCUCAGGGGGAAGAAACCAUCAAGUACCUGUAUGCUGCAAGCAGCUGCAGCUUCCUCAUCACCUGCAGGCCUGGCCCGCUCGCCCACCAUGCUCAACACCCCAGUGCCCAUGAACCUCUUCUCUACCUGGGAGGUGGACUGCUCCAGCCCCAGCUGCGUGCUCAGGUUGUGCAGCCUGACUUUAAAGAAGCUGGUGAUCUUGAAGGAGCUGGAGAAGGAGCUCAUCUCCAUGGUGAUAGCAGUGCAGAUGCAGGGCUCCGAGGGCAUCUUGAGAUCCCACGAAAUUUUGCUGCCCACUAGUGGACAAGUGGAGACUGACCUGGCGCUGACCUUCUCCCUGCAGUAUCCCCACUUCCUCAAGGGAGAAGGCAACAAACUACAGAUCAUGCUGCAACAGAGAAAGUGCAAUAACAACCAGAACAUCCUGGGCUACAAGACACUGGCCACAGGUGCCAUCCACAUGGCUGAGGUAAUGCAGAGACCCCCUGAAGGUGGCCAGGUGCUGAGCCUCAGCAGCAGCAUCCAGGAGUCCUCCAUCAGGGUGGCUGAGAUUUGGAUUUCCUUCCUGUCCAGUCAGCCCAUCAACUACAAGGAUGGCACCAUGCAGGCCAGCCCCAAGGCCAAGUCCACACAUAGCUACACCGAGGGGAAAUCUGAGAGCUUCUCUGAGCUGGAGGCCAGCUACAACGCAACACUCAGGCAGGACCUGGAAGAAGAUGACUUUGACUUGGGGCAGCCCAAGAAGCAGCAGCGAUGCAUGCAACGAAACUUGAAGCAGAAAGUCAUGGUGCUGCUUCCCAGGUCCAACAUGUCAGAAGAGGUCCUAGACUCAGAUCAGGACCCUACAGAGCAUGUCCCCGAGGUGGAGGAGGACCUGGACCUUCUGUAUGACAGCCUUGAGAAUCCCAGCGACAGUGGCCCAGACAUGGAGGAUGAUGGCAUCAUCCUUAGCAACACCAAAACCAAGACCAGACAAUACUUUGAAGGCCUGGCACACUCCAGCUGGCAGAUGGAGAUGAGGAGCAUACACAGUGCCCGGAGGCAGAAGGAGCCUCCUCAGCUUGCCGACAUGCCCGUGAAGGCCCAGGGCCCGGGCAGCAAGCUGUUCAGUGGCAGUGUCUCUGACUUUAUGGCCUACAGCACCCCCGCCACCAAGGUGGACAAGACCUGUAUCUUCUCCCUAUUGAGCCAGCCCGUCAACCACCUGGACAGUGCCAUGCCGGCCAGCACCAAGGCGGAUAACUUCUCUGAAGGAGACUCUGAGAUCAUCUUCUCUGAGCUGGAGGUCAGUUACAAUGCUGCCCACAGGCAUGACCUGGAGAAGGAUGACUUGGACCUGGAGAAGCCGAUAGGAAGAAGGAGGUCCAUGACCAGGCAACAGAACUAUCAGCAGAAAGUCGCAGCAUGGCUGCACAGGUUCCAAAUGACGGAAGAGGUCCUGGACUCAGAGCAGGACCCUGAGGAGCAAGUCCCCGAUGUGGACAAGGACGUGGCUCUUCUGUUUUACAGGCUGGUGAACCCCAGCAAUAGUAGCUCAGAUAUGGAGGAUGAUGACCGUCUCCUAACCCCUCCCAUGCCUGAGCUCAUGACAUACUCUGAAAGCCUGUCAAGUGGCCCAGAUAUGGAGGAGGAUGAUAGAGGCCUUGGCACCCCCAAGUCCAAGCCCAAACCCAGGUCAUACUUUGAAAGCCUGUCAAGUGACAGUGGCUCUGACUGGGUGGCCCACAGCAUGCCCAACCCUGGGGAGCAGCCGGCACAGCCUGAGGACAGCCCGGAGGCAGAGACUUCUGCCCACGACAUGCUCACUAAGAAGCUGCCACCCAGCAGGCGCACCACCAAGACCGAGUCUCUGGUCCUCCCCUCCAGCAGCUCCAAGGGGAAGCAGCCCGCCUGCCGGGGCUGGAGCAGGUCCCUGAAUAAGUCAUCCAACAGCCUGAUCAAGGAGCGCUGCCCAGUCCCACAGAGCCACUUGCAGAUCCCCAGGAAGACUGUGUACGAUCAACUGAACCACAUCCUCAUCUCCAGUGACUGUCUGCCCGAGAACAUCAUCCUCAUCAGCACCUCUGACAGGCAGGGGCAGUUCCUGUCAGACGUCCUGCAGCAGCACAUGCUGCCCGUAGUGUGCACCUGCUCCAUGGUGGAUGUCCAGGAGGCCUUCAGCUCCAUCAUCUCCUGGAUACAAAGAUACUGCAACUGCAAUACUGAGGCCCCGAUGCCAGUGAAGAUCGCCGUGGCGGGGGCUCAGCACUACUUCAGCACCGUGCUGCGGGUCUUUGUGGAGCAGCUGUCCCACAAGAACCCUGACUGGCUGGGCUACAUGCGCUUCCUGGUCAUCCCACUGGGUUCCCACCCUGUGGCCAGCUACCUGGGCUCUGUGGAUUACCGCUACAACCACCUCUUCCAGGACCUGGCCUGGCAGGACAUGUUCAACAAUGUGGAGGCCCAGAGUUCUGUGCAGAACAUUGUGUCGAGAAUCACAGAGUACAUCACAGGGGCCAGCUGUGUCCACCAGCUGCCCAUUGCAGAGGCCAUGCUCAUCUCUAAGCCGAAGAGCCCAGGCAAGUUGUCCUCGCAGAAGUUCAUUCCCUUUGUGGGGGCAGUGAAAGUUGGAAUAGUGGAACCAAUUUCAGCCACGUCAGGAGACACAGAUGAUGCGGUCCCCUCAUGCUCCAACAUGCUUUUGUCCACCACCAGGGAGGCCUCACACAACCCAACCUUCUCCUCAUCAGUGAGUGGAGGCCUACCUUCCUCCAUCCAGGGUGCCAGUGCUGAGCUGAUGGAGCUACAGGUGGAUUAUUGGAUGGCAGUCCAGCCCACAAAUAGGAAGAGAAAUGGGGAGAAGGAAGACCUGCCUACCACCAAAAAUACACUCCAGAGCACCUUCCGGUCUCUCCAGGUCAGCAGGCUGCCCAGCAGUGGCGAGGAUGCAGGCACGCCCACAAUGUCCAUGAUUGUGGUCACCAAGGAGAAGAAAAAGAAGGUGAUGUUUUUGCCCAAGAAAGACAAGGGCAAGGACUUGGUGUCCAAAAGCCAGUGCAUCCAGGGCAUUGGCCGCUUGGUCUGCUCAGCUAAGAACCAGGAGAACAGGCAGCGGGUCCUCAUUGAUGGCGUGGAGUGGAACGACGUGACGUUCUUCCAGCUGGCAGCCCAGUGGUCCUCCCACGUCAAGCACUUCCCCAUCUGCAUCUUCGGACACUCCAAUUCCACCUUCUAGCCCUGCCCCUCCCCCUGCCCUUCACCCUGCCUGGGCCAAGCCCAGAAGGGCCCAGCUGCUUUUCUGUGAACAGUUCAGUUUACUACAGACACAGACCCUGAAAACACAGAGAAACUGUUUUAAGUUAGAAUGUGCUCACAGCCUGGAACCUAAGGGGGUUGCCUUCACUGGGACCUACAAAUGCUCUGUUUAAUAACCAGAACACUCCGGCAGGUGAGAGGUCAGGUGGGCACUGUUGAACUGGAGCAUCAUGGAAGGUGUGUUUUAGCCUCAGGAUCCCCUACACUUUCAGUGAGAAUGGUUCUGGCCUUGGAGACCUGCCCUUCCUGGAAACCAGGGCUCUGCUUCACCCUGGGAGCUGGCUCCAGCCUGUGCCCAGACUCAGUGCUGGGCCGCCAGAGGCAAAGGGCUGGCCUCCCAUUGGGGCAUCCGGAGCACAACAUGGAGGCCGGCCAGCCCAGCCUUGGACCCCAGCUGCCAACCAGCCAAGUGGCCCCAGCACCAUCCACUUAUGGUUCCCAAUGAGCUCCCGCCUCACAGGACAAGACAACAAAAAGGAGCUGCAUGGUGCAGACCCACAGGCACACGGGCUGGACAAACCAGUGCCCUCCUUCCUGGACAGCCACCCACCUUCGUCCCUACCUCUUCAUGUUAUCACAGAACAUUUGCUGCCACGCAGCAGGUGUUGGACCAGCUAUUGACAAGAGGAAGGUGAACCUCUGUUCCAGCAGAAAACGGUCAUCUCCUGCAUCCUGGGCAUCUGGCUGGAUCAGUAUCCUCAGGAUUUUAAUCCGCUGCCAGAAUUUCCAAGCCUGAUGAUGCUGUUGGCCUCCAUAGAGCCAACUUUCCAGUCCUCGACCUGCCAAACCAGGCUCAGUGCCUCCAGUCAUGAUGGGAGCACAUGAGCCCACUGAGGCCUAGAAAGGAGGAGGAGGCCUCCGGGGGUGGUGUGGGUGAGUGUGCCUUUGGAAGGCACACAAAAGGCAGUGAGGGUGGUAACAUGUCCUCUUCUUGGAUCUGCAGAACCAGCUCCAGGGCAACAUCUGGAAAACCCUUCAGAGGCAACGCCACCCUAGUGACCUUUCCAGAGCCAGAGCCGGAUCCAGGCCCAGCUUUCACUGAACUUCAAGAGGCAGAAGAACCACCUGCAGCAUUUCAGCAACUCACCCAGUUCCUGUGAGGCCUGUGGUGCCAGAUCCCAGGCCACAGCACGUGUCAGCUGCCAUGGCAGAGAGAGCACCCCCCACCCCCAUUUAGAUGCAUUGUUAAAUGUUUUUUGUUCAUGUUACAUAUAUUUAUAAUUUUACUGUAUUUUUAUGAUAUUUAGUAACAUAGAGUAUAUUGUAGAAAACAUUUAAUGAAAUACUCACAAAUAUAACCUUAAUUUAGAUUCUAUAAAAUUUAACCCUAUUAACCCUCA